CAAGCCAAUGUGAUGGUGUGCGACAGCAGCUGCUCUGAGGGUGAAACGCAACAGAUGAGCGCGCGCGCACACACACACAGCUGCUGCUCCACUGACUUACAAACACUGCUCUGGACUGGAGAAGCCAAAAGAAUGAACACAAACGACGCCAAGGAUUACCUCUCCAAACGACAGAUCCCACACCUUUUUGAGAGCAUGUUAACAGGACUGAUGUAUCACAAACCCGAGGACCCUUUAGCAUUCUUGGAGAUUUGCCUGCAGAAAACACGAGACCUCGGGGGUCCUGAAUGUGUGGCCUGGGACACUUUCAUUACACCUGAUCGGAAACCUCUACCGCCAAUUACUCCGGCACAGGGGAAGAAAGCUCCCUGCAAACUCGAUGGUGGACCUGGUCCUGGACCUGGGCCUUACCGCCGAUAUGACCGACUGCCACCAAUUCAGGCUCAGUUCUCCAUCGAAAGUGACUCAGACAUGACCGAGUCCUCCGGGCUUAUACAGGAGUACGAUGUCUUUGACCCUUCAAAACCACGACCGCACAUCAUCUUCAUCAUAGGUGGACCAGGCAGUGGGAAGGGCACUCAGACAGCUAAAAUCGCACUGCGCUAUGAUUUCGAGCAUGUGUCUGUCGGGGAGAUUUUAAGGAAUCAGUUGCUGCAUCAUGCGCCCAGUGAUCGGAAAUGGGAGCUGAUUGCUCAAAUCAUUGCCAACGGAGAACUGGCACCUCAGGAGACGACUAUUGAAGAGCUGAAACAACAGUUUAUCAAGAAGCAGGAUGCUAAAGGAUUCAUUGUGGAUGGUUUUCCUAGAGAGAUCUCACAGGCGUUCACUUUUGAGGAGCAGAUUGGCUCUCCAGACUUGGUGAUCUUGCUCGCCUGCUCCAAUCAGCAGCUUCGGCAGCGUUUAGAGAAUAGAGCAUCUCAGCAGGGACGCCCUGACGACAAUUCUCACGCUAUUGAGAAGAGACUAGACACUUUCAAACACAAUAUCAAUCUCAUAGCCAAGUACUAUCAGGAGAGAGGACUUAUUGUACGGGUUGAUGCCGAUCGAGAAGAGGAUGACAUUUUCACGGACAUCUGUGCCAUCGUGAAGGAGAGACUGUUCCCUAGUGACACAAAUGCAAGCAGCACUGAGGAUCUUUAGAUGGACGUGUAAACAUCCAAACCAACAGCUGCUGCUGUUAAAUCCGACAUGAUUUAAAAUCAGCCUGCCAAAUGUGUUAUCUUUAUAAAUAAACUCCAGGGUCAAAGUCGAGGACCAAGGACACAGGGUGAAGGAAAUGUACAUCAUUUAAACUUACGUUGUUGCCUCUAUUUGUAUUGCACUGUGAAUUUUCUCUGUAAAACUUUUCAAGUUAUUAUGGUGGCUUGAGAAAGCCAACAUACUGUUCUACUACAUAAACAUAUUAUUCUUCUGUCUUCUUCUUCUUCUGAGACUAAUUUCUAUACGCAUCUCCUCCGAGACCGUUCAUACUACAACCACCAAACUAACACCAAACCGGUCUGACUCAUGUUGCUAUAUCUUUUCCAACUGAUCCCACUUACGAUUUUCCGAAAACUGACCUGGAAAAUUUGGAAAGUCCCAUUGACUUAACAUUGGACCAAAAUUUGUGACCUCAUAACUUUCCGCCAGACUGUCACACAGACUUAAGGUUGGGCUCAUUUAAUUCAGACUACCAAUUCUGCCAAUCACUGAUUACCUUUCAACUUACUAGCCACACCCUAGCAACCAUUUACGGCUCCCUAGCAACUUUCCCAUAGACUUCCAUUGUAAAAAACUGCCAUUGACUUUACAUUAGACAUACUAACAACAUACCAAUUCAUGCUAAAAAUACACUGAUCCAUACUAGAAACAUACUAACAAACAUACUAAUCACACUAGCAACAUGCUAAUUCAUACUAUAAACAUACUAGCAACAUGCUAAUUCAGACUAUAAACAUACUAGCAACAUGCUAAUUCAUACUAAAUUCAUGCUAACAACAUACUGGUUUAUACUUGAAACAUGCUAGCAACAUGCUAAUUCAUACUAGAACCAUGCUAAUUUAUGCUAGAAACAUUCUAGCAACAUGCUAAUUCAAACUAAAUUCAUGCUAAAAACAUGCUAAUUUAUGCUAGAAACAUGCUAAACAACAUGCUAAUUUGUGCUAGAACCAUGCUAAUUUGUGUUAGCAACAGCCUAGCAACUACUCAGAACACUUUAACAACCACCUAGCAACACCUUAGCAACUGCCUAGCAACAACUCAGAACACCCUAGCAACCACCUAGCAACACCUUAGUAACCACCUUGCAACACCUUAGUAACCACUCAAUGCCCUAGCAUCACCUUAGCAACCACCUAGCAACCACUCAGAACACCCUAGCAACCACCUAGCAACACCAUAGCAACGAUCUAGAACACAUUAGCAACCACCUAGCAACUACUCAGAACACCCAAGCAACCACCUAGAAACACUUUAGCAACAACCUAGAACACCUUGGCAACCACUUAGCAACACCCUUGCAACCACAUAGCAAUGCCUAGCAACCACUAAGCAAUGUCUUAGCAACCCCUUGCAACCACCUAGCAACAACCUAGAACACCUUAGCAACCACCUAACAACACUUUAGCAACCACAUAGCAAGACAUAGCAACCACCUAGCAAUGUCUUAGCAACCCUAGCCACCACUCAAAACACCCUAGCAGCCACCUAGCAACACCUUAGCAACGACCUAGAACACCAUAGCAACCACCCAGCAAUGCUUAGCAACCACACAGGACACCCUAGCAACCACCUAGCAACACCUUAGCAACAACCUAGAACACCUUAGCAACCACUUAGCAACCACAUAGCAACCACUCAACAC